GUCUGUCUCUACUCGGUGAUUCAAGGCACCGCCGCGGGCCUUCCCGGCAGAGCGCCCCGCAGCGGCCGGACCCGUGUCUCCCGCUCCCAACGCCACCGGGUCCCAGCCCUCUCCCAGCUGGGGACGCGGUUCCGGACCGGAAACCGCUGUGCGUGGUGCUCACUUCCCCAGCCCAGCGACCCCGGCCCCGCCCUGGUUGCCCCGGCGACGAGGGGCCGCCGUGCGGCGGCUGGAUCAUGGCGGCGUCUGUGGGGACGACUCCCGGGGGGACGACCCCCGCGGGGAUGACUCCGGCGGGAACCACGCCCGAGUCGGAGAAAGAUACUGAAUUCCAGGAGCAGGAAAGGAUUCUGUGUCCAGAUUUUCUUUCAGUUGCCCAGAUCACUGAAAUGCUAGCAGAGGAUGUAGAUGGAGUUCAACAGAAACUGGAAAAGUUUCUGAAUUUCAGAAAUCUUCAAACCUGUUUAAAGGAAGCCAGUCUACUAGAUUAUUAUGUAUCUGGAUUUUUGUGGGCAAGAGGAAUGGACUUUUCUAUUAUUCAGUAUUCAAAAUUUAUGACUUUACUGGAUAUGUUACUUCAUAAUCUUAAAACACUGCAUAUGUCCAUAGAAGACAGCAUAAAAUGGCUCAGAGAAGUUAUGGCUGAAAUAGGACCAUCCCAUUCACAAAAAAAUGAGGAAUGGAAUAUCUUUGAUGUAAAACAAGCCAAUGCUAUUGUUGAUUACUUGAAAGUCAGCUUAUUUCAACACUACAAGCUGUAUGAGUUUCUGUUCUUCUCUGCCAGGGAAGAAAUUGUGAUAGGAACUGAGGGGACACGGGUUCAAGUCCUGGUCCGGGAAGAUCCCUCAUGCCACGGAGCAACUAAGCCUGUGCGCCACAACUACUGAGCCUGCACUCUAGAGCCCGCAAAGCACAACUACUGAAGCACGUGGGCCACAACUACUGAAAUCCACACACCUAGAGCCCAUGCUGCACAACAAGAGAAGCCACCGCAAUGAGAAGCCCGCACACUGCAACAAAGAGUAGCCCCCGCUUGCCGCAAUGAGAGAAAGCCCAUGUGCAGCAACAAAGACCCAACGCAGCCAAAAAUAAAUAAAUAAUAAAAUAAAUUUAUUAAAAAAUAAAUAAAGUGAAUAAGGGGAUAUUUACAUUAUCUUUAUAAUUUCCCUGAUAUUAAGAACCAGAUGGAAUGUGCCAAAUGUUCUGUCUUCCCUAGUAUUGUUAUUCUGCACUUUAUAAAUUGCUUACUUCAUUAAACACCUCAGGCACUGUGUCUCAGUCUCCACUUGGUUACUUGUUCUAAUGCUGGCCUUUUAAAUGAGCUGAAGGAAAACAAGGAACCCUUUUUGCUUUUGACUUUCCUUAAAGUUUCUCCUUUGCAGUCUCCUCAUACUGUAGCUUAAAUUAGGUGUCACUUGAUGAAGUUUCACUGACAAAGUUUCCAUGUCAGAAUUACAUCAUACAGUGUGACAGCAUUGCAGUAAUUAUCUGUUAGGAAUACAAUCCUAUCUCAUCUAUUCAGCAAAACUUUGGGAAAAUGAUAGUGGCUUCAAUAGCAGCAUAUGCAGACAUUUAGAAUCAUCAAGAAAAAAAGUUUCAUAAAGAACUCCCUUUUCCCUUUGUUAAUUACACAAUCGUGCCUUUCUUCUCCAUUGUAAGGUUAUAUUUAGGUGACAUUUAUGCUUAUGGAAAGAUAAAAUGGAGAAAGCAGACAAAGAUUGGCUCAUUUAUUUUCUGUUGUCUUUUGUAUUUUUCCCAAGCUGACCAGAGCUAUUAAAAAAAAGUCCUUAAGGAAGGGAUAUUGGGUCUUAAGGAAUUAACCCGUUCAUAGAAUUUUAAAGGAUUAACCAAAGCAAGUGUUAUACUACAAUAUUUUAUGACAUUUUAGAAGUGUCUGAUAACCUUUGGUGCAAAUACCAUUUUUUAAAUUAACAACCUUUCAUAGAGGAAGCAGAGGCUUGCCCCACUAAUGUAGUUAUUCAUACUGACCUCAGGGCUCUGGAACCAAACAAGGGCCAUACAACAGCCAUAUAAAUGUUCCAAAUUUAAAUCUCAGGCAAGCAUUCAAGGUAGAUAACACUGACGAAAUUUAGUUUCUUUCUUAGUUGUGGAUAGAUGAUUUUAAGAAAACGUGUAAAUUGCUUCUAAGAAUAAUGGCUAAAUAUUAAUUCUAAGUACUAAUAGAGAACAUAAAUCAUAUUCAUACUUUUCUUGGGUUUUAGUUUAUAGAAAAUUGAAUUUGUAUUUUUGAAUUUAACAAUUGUUUCUAGCAAUUUCUACUCACCUUUUACAAGAUAUUUCAUGUUACACCUUAGAGGCAUAUUUUUGGUAAGUCAUUAUUCUUGACCUGAGAUUUUUCAUAAUCUAGAAAUCUAAUAGGUAUAGUUCUGUAAGCAGCAUGUGUUGUAGUUCAUUCAACCGUUCGCAUAUAAUAGUGUUGUUCACAAUAUACAUUGAAAAAGGCAGUAAACAACUAGAAUGAACUAGAAUAAUGACAGAAUGGAGCAGAAAACGAAGGCAGCAGAUACCUGUAGUUAUAGCCAUCUUAGUGGAUGAAGUACUGUGUGACACUUAUUUUAUUUAUAGAGAUGAGGAUUCCCUUUUAAGCACCCAAGCCAGGAGCUCUCCAAAUCUAUUGUUUUGACAAUGCAAUUAGACCACAGAUCCACAGACUUAAGAACUGUAAGGGAACCAGAAUCUCCUUAAGGAAUAUAUUUUUUCUUUGGCCUUAAGGACCCACCCAGAAACCUGGAAACUGCUAUGUCCUUUGCUUUUAUUACCUGAAAACUAGAAGAAGCAGUGAAUACUUGCACACAAAGAACGCUAUUGGACAUUAGCAAUGAUGAUGGUCAAAAAACUCAUAGCAGAUACCCUAAGUCAUGGUUCUAACCAUGUAUCUACUGCCAGGCAUCUACUAAAAUGAGAUGAUGCAGCUUUAACAAUUACAUAUUCAUUAUUCCACAUAUGUUAUCCAGUUCCUGUUGUGCUCUAGGCCUGUGCUAAGUUCUAGGGGUACACAGUGACGAGCAAUGAUUCUUGUCCUCAAGGAGUUUAUUGUCAAAUGAGAGGAGAGAGAUGAUUACAUAAGUAAUUACAAAAUAGGGUGGUUUCCAGUAACAAGUGAAAUCUAAGAGGAAAUCUAAAGGUUGUGAAUGAGUUAGCCAGAAGUGCAUUUUAUAUUUUUGGUGCAAGUGAAAGGAAUUCCUCUCAAAAUAAUUAAUUAAAAAGUGGGGGGUAUAUUAUUAGAUCACUAAUUGGUAAAUGCAGGGGAUGAAAGCUGGACUAAAGCCAACUGGAUCUAAGUAGUCAACAGUGUUAUUGAGUGUGUAUGUAAAUACAUGUGGGUGUGUGUAUGCAUGCAAGUGGUUCAGUCUCUCAUCUCUCCUAGACUUUUUUCAUUUCUUUUUUCUGAAGGGCCUUGUUCCCUUCUACUGCAGACAGGCUUCCUUCAGCUGGUGGUAGACAUGAAAGAGGCAGCUCCAGUUUAGCAACUCCAAAAGACAGAGACAUUCUUUCUCCCAGUAUUAUUGUCUGUGCUUGUGUCAUGCAUCCACUCUCAAUUAGUCACUAUGGCCAGAGGAGUAAUGUUAUUAGAAGACCCAAGUUGACUGUAUUGAAUGGGUGACAGAGGAUGAAUAGGUCCCCAAAAGCAGCAGGAAGAACUUUUGCAAAAGGGAAUAGUGAUUUUAUCAAAAGAGUGAACUAAGCACACAUGUACAACUCCUCUUCCAUCUAAAAUCCCAUAAAAGACCAAAAUUUUCAAAAUUCAUAAUGCUGUAGAUAAGAGCUUUUAUGACAUCUAAAAUUAUAGAUUACUGAUUAGAUGAAACUACAGCCCCAUAUGUACUGAGAAGAUGCUACAGAGUUAAUGCUGCAUUUAUUUAGGCAUCCUCAAUUGAUACAGAAAUGGGAGAAGCUUUAGGGGGAAAAUAAUGAAAGCAAGUAGAGCAACUGCACCAUUUAGUCCGUUUACCUUCUGCUGCUUACAUAGAGCACUGGGACUCCAUGACAUUUGCUCCAGAGCUAAAGAAACUAUUGUGGACAUUGAUGCCAAAGAGAAGGGCAGAUCUAGAGUGGCCGCUGAUGUUCAGAAGGGACAGUGAAUACACCCUGAAUAUAAGCUACUGGCACACCUAACUACCAUCAUUCUUUACGGCUCCCCUACAGUCUCUAGAGGCAAGCUAUGGCAAACAAACAUCCACAGACAAAUGAACCAGGAUCAUCUAAUGUAAAGAUAAAUCAACAAGCAGUUGAGGAAAAUAAAAUCAUAAGAGAGGGAUUCCCUGGUGGCGCAGUGGUUGAAAAUCCGCCUGCCAAUGCAGGGGACACAGAUUCGAUCCCUGGUCUGGGAAGAUCCCACAUGCCGCAGAGCAACUAAGCCCAUGUGCCACAACUACUGAGCCUGCACUCUAGAACCUGUGUGCUGCAACUACUGAGCCCGCAUGCCAACUACUGAAGCCGCAUGCCUAGAGCCUGUGCUCCACAACAAGAGAAGCCACCACAAUGAGAAGCCUGCACACCCCAACAAAGAGUAGCCCCUGCUCACUGCAGCUAGAGAAAAGCUCAUGAGCAGCAAUGAAGAGCCAAUGCAGCCAAAAAUAAAUAAAAUAAAUAAAUUUAUUAAAAAAUAAAUAAUUUUUAGGGGGAUUGGAACCAAGAUGGCAGAGUAGAAGGAUGUGCUCUCACUCCCUCUUGCAAGAGCACCAGGAUCACAACUAGCUGCUGGACAAUCAUCGACAGGAAGACAUUGGAACUCACCAAAAAAGAUACCCCACGUCCAAGGACAAAGGAGAAGCCACAGUGAGACGGUAGGAGGGGCACAAUCACAGUAAAAUCAAGUCCCAUAACUGCUGGGUGGGUGACUCACAAACUGGCGAACACUUAUACCACAGAAGGUCACCCACUGGAGUGAAGGUUCUGAGCCCCACAUCAGGCUUCCCAACCUGGGAGUCCAGCAAUGGGAGGAGGAAUUCCUAGAGAAUCAGACUUUGAAGGCUACUGGGAUUUGAUUGCAGGAUUUCAACAGAACUGGGGAAAACAGAGACUCCACUCUUGGAGGGCACACACAAAGUAAUGUGCGCAUUGGGACCCAGGGGAAGGAGCAGUGACCCCAGGGGAGACUGAAGCAGACCUACCUGCUAGUGUUGGAGGGUCUCCUGCAGAGGCGGGGUGGGCGGGUGGCUGUGGCUCACCAUGGGGACAAGGACACUGGCAGCAGAAGUUCUGGGAAGUACUCCUUGGCAUGAGCCCUCCCAGAGUCCACCAUUAGCCCCACCAAAGAGCCCAGGUAGGCUCCGGUGUUGGGUUGCCUCAGGCCAAACAACCAACAGGGAGGGAACCCAACCACCCAUCAGCAGUCAAGCAGAUUAAAGUUUUACUGAGCUCUGCCCACCAGAGCAACAGUCAGCUCUACACACCACCAGUCGCUCCCAUCAGGAAACUUGCAUAAGCCUCUUAGAUAACCUCAUCCACCAGAGGGCAGACAGCAGGAGCAAGAAGAACUACAGUCCUGCAGCCUGUGGAACAAAAACCACAUUCAAAGAAAGAUAGACAAGAGGAAAAGGCAGAGGGCUAUGUACCAGAUGAAGGAACAAGAUAAAACCCCAGAAAAACAGCUAAAUGAAGUGGAGAUAGGCAACCUUCCAGAAAAAGAAUUGAGAAUAAUAAUAGUGAAGAUGAUCCAGGACCUUGGGAAAAGAAUGGAGGCAAAGAUCGAGAAGAUGGAAGAAAUGUUUAACAAAGACCUAGAAGAAUUAAAGAACAAACAAACAGAGAUGAACAAUACAAUAACUGAAAUGAAAACUAUACUAGAAGGAAUCAGUAGCAGAAUAACUGAGGCAGAAGAACGGAUAAGUGACAUGGAAGACAGAAUGGUGGAAUUCACUGCUGCAGAACAGAAUAAAGAAAAAAGAAUGAAAAGAAAUGAAGACAGCCUAAGAGACCUCUGGGACAAUAUUAAAUGCUACAACAUUCACAUUAUAGGGGUCCCAGAAGGCGAAGAGAGAGAGAAAGGACCAGAGAAAAUAUUUGAAGAGAUUAUAGUCGAAAAUUUCCCUAACAUGGGAAGAGAAAAAGCAACCCAACUCCAGGAAGCGCAGAGAGUCCCAUACAGGAGAAACCCAAGGAGAAACACGCCAAGACACAUAGUAAUCAAUUUGGCAAAAAUUAAAGACAAAAAACUUAUUAAAAGCAGCAAGGGAAAAAUGAGAAAUAACAUACAAGGGAACUCCUAUAAGGUUAACAGCUGAUUUCUCAGCAGAAACUCUACAAGCCAGAAGGGAGUGGCAUGAUAUAUUUAAAGUGAUGAAAGAGAAGAACCAAGAUUACUCCACCUGGCAAGGAUCUCAUUCAGAUUCGAUGGAGAAAUCAAAAGCUUUACCAACAAGCAACAGCUAAGAGAAUUCAGCACCAUCAAACCAGCUCUACAACAAAUGAUAAAGGAACUUCUCUAAGUGGGAAACACAAGGGAAGAAAAGGACCUAGAAAAACAAACCCAAAACAAUUAAGAAAAUGGUAAUAGGAACAUACAUAUCGAUAAUUACCUUAAACGUGAAUGGAUUAAAUGCUCUAACCAAAAGACAUAGGCUUGCUGAAUGGAUACAAAAACAAGACCCAUAUAUAUGCUGUCUACAAGAGACCCACUUCAGACCUAGGGACACAUUCAGACUGAAAGUGAGGGGAUGGAAAAAGAUAUUCCAUGCAAAUGGAAAUCAAAAGAAAGCUGGAGUAGCAAUAUUCAUAUCAGAUAAAAUAGACUUUAAAGAAUGUUACAAGAGACAAGGAAGGACACUAUGUAAUGAUCAGGGGAUCAAUCCAAGAAGAAGAUAUAACAAUUAUAAAUGUAUAUGCACCCAACAUAGGAGCACCUCAAUACAUAAGGCAACGGCUAACAGCUCUAAAAGAGGAAAUCGACAGUAACACAAUAAUACUGGGGAACGUUAACACCUCACUUACACCAAUGGACAGAUCAUCCAAAAUGAAAAUAAAUAAGGAAACAGAAGCUUUAAAUGACACAAUAGACCAGAUAGAUUUAAUUGAUAUUUAUAGGACAUUCCAUACAAAAACAGCAGAUUACACUUUCUUCUCAAGUGCACACAGAACAUUCUCCAGGAUAGAUCACAUCUUGGGUCACAAAUCAAGACUCAAUAAAUUUAAGAAAAUUGAAAUCAUUUGAAGCAUCUUUUCUGAUCACAAUGCUAUGAGAUUAGAAAUGAAUUACAGGGAAAAAAACGUAAAACACACAAACACGUGGAAGCUAAACAAUACGUUACUAAAUAACCAAGAGAUCACUGAAGAAAUCAAAGAGGAAAUCAAUACCUAGAGACAAAUGACAAUGAAAACAAUAUGAUCCAAAACCUAUGGGAUGCAGCAAAAGCAGUUCUAAGAGGGAAGUUUAUAGCUAUACAAGCCUACCUCAAGAAACAAGAAAAAUCUCAAAUAAACAAUCUAACCUUACACCUAAAGGAACUAGAGAAAGGACAAUCAAAAACCAAAGUUAGCAGCAGGAAAGAAAUCAUAAAGAUCAGAGCAGAAAUAAAUGAAAUAGAAACAAAAAAAAAACAAUAGCAAAGAUCAAUAAAACUAAAAGCUGGUUCUUUGAGGAUAUAAAGAAAAUUGAUAAACCAUUAGCCAGACUCAUCAAGAAAAAGAGGGAGAGGACUCAAAUCAAUAAAAUUAGAAAUGAAAAAGGAGAAGUUACAACAGACACCACAGAAAUACAUAGCAUCCUAAGAGACUACUAGAGGCAACUGUGUGCCAAUAAAAUGGACAACCUGGAAGAAAUGGACAAAUUCUUAGAAAGGUAUAACCUCCCAAGACUGAACCAGGAAGAAAUAGAAAAUAUGAACAGAACAAUCACAAGCAAUGAAAUUGAAACUGUGAUUUAAAAUCUUCCAACAGGGCUUCCCUGGUGGUGCAGUGGUUGAGAGUCCACCUCCUGAUGCAGGGGACACGGGUUCGUGCCCCGGUCUGGGGGGAUCCAACAUGCCAUGGAGCAGCUGGGCCCGUGAGCCAUGGCCACUGGGCCUGAGCGUCUGGAGCCUGUGCUCUGCAGCAGGAGAGGCCAAAGCAGUGAGAGGCCCGCGCACCACAAAAAAAAAAAAAAAAAAAAAAUCUUCCAACAUCAAAAGUCCAGGACUAGAUGGAUUCACAGGUGAAUUCUAUCAAACAGAGAAGAGCUAACAGUGAUCCUUCUCAAAUUCUUCCAAAAAAUUGCAGAGGAAGUAACACUCCCAAACUCAUUCUAUGAGGCCACCAUCACCCUGAUACCAAAACCAGACAAAGAUACUACAAAAAAAGAAAAUUACAAACCAAUAUCAGUGAUGAAUAUAGAUGCAAAAAUCCUCAACAAAAUACUAGCAAACAGAGUCCAACAACACAUUAAAAGGAUCAUACACCAUGACUAAGUGGGAUUUAUCCCAGGAAUGCAAGGAUUCUUAAUAUACGCAAAUCAAUCAAUGUGAUAUACCAUGUUAACAAUUGAAGAAUAAAAACCAUAUGAUCAUCUCAAUAGAUGCAGAAAAAGCUUUUGACAAAAUUCAACACCCAUGUAUGAUAAAAACUCUCCAGAAAGUGGGCAUAGAGGGAACCUACCUCAACAUAAUAAAGGCCAUGUACAACAAACCCACAGCAAACAUCAUUCUAAUGGUGAAAAAUUGAAAGCAUUUCCUCUAAGAUUGGGAACAAGACAAGGAUGUCCACUCUUGCCACUAUUAUUCAACAUACUUUUGUAAGUCCAGCCACAGCAAUCAGAGAAGAAAAAGAAAUAAAAGUAGCACAAAUUGGAAAAGAAGAAGUAAAACUGUAACAGUUUGCAGAUGACAUGAUACUAUACAUAGAGAAUCCUAAAUAUGCCACCAGAAAACCACUAGAGCUCAUCAAUGAAUUUGGUAAAGUUGCCGGAUACAAAAUUAAUGCACAGAAAUCUCUUGCAUUCCUAUACACUAAUGAUGAAAAAUCUGAAAGAGAAAUUAAGGAAACACUCCCAUUUACCACUGCAACAUAAAGAAUAAAAUACCUAGGAAUAAACCUACCUAGGGUGACAAAAGAACUGUAUGCAGAAAAUUAUAAGACACUGAUGAAAGAAAUUAAAGAUGAUACCAACAGAUGGAGAGAUAUACCAUGUUCUUGGACUGGAAGAAUCAAUAUUGUGAAAAUGACUAUACUACCCAAAGCAAUCUACAGAUUAAAUGCAAUCCCUAUCAAAUUACCAAUGGCCUUUUUUACAGAACUAGAACAAAAAAUCUUCAAAUUUGUAUGGAGACACAAAAGACCCAGAAUAGCCAAAGCAGUCUUGAGGGAAAAAAAUGGAGCAGGAGGAAUCAGACUCCCUGACUUCAGACUAUACUACAAAGCUACAGUAAUCAAGACAGUAUGGUACUGGCACAAAAACAGAAACAUAGAUCAAUGGAACAAAAUAGAAAGCCCAGAAAUAAACCCACGCACCUAUGGUCAACUAACCUAUGAAAAAGGAGGCAAGGAUAUACAAUGGAGAAAAGACAGUCUCUUCAAUAAGUGGUGCUGGGAAAACUGGACAGCUACAUGUAAAAGAAUGAAAUUAGAGCACUCCCUAACACCAUACACAAAAAUAAACUCAAAAUGGAUUAGAGACCUAAAUGUAAGACCAGACACUAUAAAACUCUUAGAGGGAAACAUAGGAAGAACACUUUUUGACAUAAAUCACAGCAAGGUCUUUUUUGAUCCACCUCCUAGAGUAAUGGAAAUAAAAACAAAAAUAAACAAAUGGGACCUAAUGAAAUUUCAAAGCUUUUGCACAGCAAAGGAAACAAGACAAAAAGACAACCCUCAGAAUGGGAGAAAAUAGUUGCAAACAAAUCAAUGGACAAAGGAUUAAUCUCCCAAAUGUAUAAACAGCUCAUGCAGCUCAAUAUUAAAAAAACAAACAACCCAAUCCAGAAAUGGCAGAAGACCUAAAUAGACAUUUCUCCAAAGGAGACAUACAGAUGGCCAGGAAGCACAUGAAAAGCCACUCAACAUCACUAAUUAUUAGAGAAAUGCAAAUGAAUACUACAAUGAGGUAUCACCUCACACCAGUCAGAAUGGGCAUCAUCAGAAAAUCUACAAACAACAAAUGCU